GCACAUGUUGAACAAAGACUUCUUCAUUUUGCUGAUAAUUAUUGCAGGUUUUUAAGAGACUCACUUCACUCUUCUGAGGAACUUGACUUUUCUACAGACCUUGUGAAAAUUCAAACAGAUGGCUGGAGCUCUGAAUAUCCUCCUCACUAUCUGUCUGCUGCAUGGUGUCUUAAGUGCAGACUUUAGGGUUGUUUUACCAAAGACAAUAGAGGCUGUAGCUGGAUCCUGUGUGACCAUACCCUGUUCCUUUGAAACACAAGACCAGUAUGAAAAAGACUUAGAUGAUACAUGUGUAGCAAAAUGGAGAAAAGGAGCCUAUCAUAAAUCUACAUCUGACAUCACUCCAGGAUUUAUCACAACAGCAACUACAGGAGACUUAAAAAAAAAAACCUGCACCUCAACUAUUAAUAAUAUACAAAUUGCAGAUGGUGGUACAUAUUUUUUCAGACUGGAUUGCAAGAAUCCUCUGAUGUAUAAUUUUCCAUCAGGUGUGAAUAUUAAUGUCAAAGCUGAUCCUCCUAAACCGACUCUGUCUCCGUCUGAACUGGAGGUGGAGGAGGGGGCCUCAGUGAGUCUGCAGUGCUCUGCUCCAGCUCCCUGUCCAUCUCUUCGUCCGACUGUGACGUGGACCCCCAGUCUGGGAACCAGUCAGGAGACACUGAUGGACAAUCAGGACAAAACUAAAGUCAUAAAGUCUGUUCUGAAUUUUACUGCCUCUCACCUCCACCACGGACAGAGGUUCUCCUGCACUGCUGUCUACAGGAGACAAGACAACAGGGUGGAGUCAUCUGUUAGCAAAGGACUGACAGCUCAUGUUAAAUACCGACCUAAAAACACCACAGUCUUGGUCAGUCCAUCUGGUCCAGUUCAAGAGGGCACUGAUGUGGUUCUGAAAUGCAGUAGUGAUGCCAACCCAGCAGUACAGAUCUACACAUGGUACAGAGCUGAUCCACAACAUGAGACUAGAAUCCACACCGGACCUGAUUUAACCAUUACUGCAGCAAGAAACACUGGUGCUUUCCUCUGUCAGGCUGAAAACGAUCUGGGAACUGGACGGUCCAACAAGACAAACAUAGAUGUUCAAUAUGUACCCAAAGACACCAAAGUCUUGGUCAGUCCAUCUGGUCCAGUUCAAGAGGGCACUAAUGUGGUUCUGAAAUGCAGUAGUGAUGCCAACCCAGCAGUACAGAUCUACACAUGGUACAGAGCUGAUCCACAACAUGAGACUCUAAUCCACACCGGACCUGAUUUAACCAUUACUGCAGCAAGAAACACUGGUGCUUUCCUCUGUCAGGCUGAAAACAAUCUGGGAACUGGACGGUCCAACAAGACAAACAUAGAUGUUCGACAUGUACCCAAAGACACCAAAGUCUUGGUCAGUCCAUCUGGUCCAGUUCAUGAGGGCACUAAUGUGGUUCUGAAAUGCAGUAGUGAUGCCAACCCAGCAGUACAGAUCUACACAUGGUACAGAGCUGAUCCACAACAUGAGACUAGAAUCCACACCGGACCUGAUUUAACCAUUACUGCAUCAAGGAACACUGGUGCUUUCCUCUGUCAGGCUGAAAACAAUCUGGGAACUGGACGGUCCAACAGGACGGACAUAGAUGUUCAAUUUGCUCCACAGAUCCUGUCCUCGUCCAACUGCACCAAAGCUGCAGCCACAGUCAGCUGUUCCUGUUCCACUGUGGGAAACCCUUCUCCCAGAUUACAGUGGUAUUUGGACGGACUAUCUGUGAAUCACUCGGACAAGGUAGACAUCAGCAGUGAGUCUCUGAACGGCACAGGUCUAAGGAGCACCAUCACCGUAAACCUCCCACAGAAGCUGGAUCUGUCCACUCUGUUCUGCCACAGCAGGAACUCUGUGGGUUCUACUUUUGGCCAGUUCUAUUUCUACACUUUUGAGCAUCAAACUCCUGUAGUUGGUCAAGGUCAGGGGAUGUUUCCUGCACUCAUAACUACAGUCGGCGUUCUACUAAUUCUUGUGUGUGUUCUGCUGUUUGUUAUCAGGACUCUGAAGACUCACCCUACACAUCCCAGCACAGUGACAACGAACCAACUUCUGGAUGGAAAUGAUGAGGUACCCAGUGCAACAGAGAGGAACAUUUACGCCAACACCAACGUACUGAGCCAGGAACAUGAGACGACUCCAGGUGACACAAACAGCCUGUCGGACAACGCAGAGGGAGGUAAAAGCUCAGAGAACAAACAGGGAGGCGGCGAGGUCAUUUACUCCAGUGUGAUUUGGAAGAGCAAGAAGGAGAAGAAGAAAGAAGACAGAGAUGAUGCAAGGCCAUCUUGUAGCUAUCUGGAGGAGGAGAGGUGCAUGAUGGGAGAUGUAUGCAAAGAUUUUGUCAGCAAUGCAGUUGACAUGGGAAAUCAGUAUGAUGACAGGGAACAUAAAACUGCCAAGAAGGAGGUGGAAUGUGAAUAUGCUCAAGUGAAAUAUAAAGUUAAGAGCACCAACAACCAAUAGAUCUGGACUUUUGUGUUUGAAAAUCUCAAAUUGUUCAAAUAGUUUUCUUAUGAUUGAAAAGGUGAUCUUUUUAUUGAUCGUUUCAUUCUUGUUUUUCAUUAACCUUGAUUUUAUUUAUGGUUUUUAAAAUGUGACGUUAGAAUUUGUCUGUGUUGAAAUCUACAGUCACAGAAAAAUUAUUAGACCACCCUUGUUUUCUUCAAUUUCUUGUUCAUUUUAAUGCCUGGUACAACUAAAGGUACAUUUGUUUGGACAAAUAUAAUGAUAACAACAAAAAUAGUUCA